AUGAAGAAAUUCGCAGCAGUAGCAGUCGGAGUCGCAUCCUUCUACUACAUAUCAUUUAUCACUCAAAAGCAUCAAGAGAAAGACAAAAAUAUUUCAGAAACCGUCUAGAACUCUAAUCAUCACCACAGACCCAAGCAAAACAUGGGCUCAGACGACAUUUAAUCCCAAAGAGACUUCAUUAACUACAUUUCCAAGUACACGAAGUCAUAUCAGUCAACUGAGGAGUACAACAAGAGAUACGAGCUGUUCCUCAAAACCAAGGAACAAAUCAUGAGAACUAACUCUCAAAAUGGAGCUAGCUACAGACUUGGAUUCAAUCAGUUCUCAGACUGGACUGAUGCAGAGUUCAACCAAAUCCUUGGAGACAAGGCUGUGCAAGAUCAAGAUGACCCAGCACACCUCCUGGUUCUAGAUGCUUCAAAGAAUGCUGCUACAAUCGAUUGGAGACAACAAGGAGUUGUCAACCCUGUUAAGGACUAAUAAAGGUGUGGUUCAUGCUGGUCAUUUGCCUCAGCUGCUGCAGUUGAAUCCCACCAUGCCAUCGAGGGUAACGAUCUUCUCUCCCUCUCAGAGCAGAACCUCGUUGACUGCUCCAAAGCAUAUGGCAAUGAUGGGUGCAAUGGAGGUCUUGCUACCCAAGCUUACCAAUACAUCAGAGACUUUGGCAUUGAAAGCGAGUCCGACUAUCCAUACAAAGCCGUUGACUAGGCUUGCGCCAGAGAUCAAUCCAAGGUCAAAGUGUUUGUGACUGACUACCAUUCAGUCACCACCCAAAGCCCAGAUCAACUUAAGGCUGCCUUAAACGUUGGGCCAGUCUCCGUUUCCGUUGAUGCUGGCGGUGACUUCAGAAGUUACGAGGGUGGUAUCCUUGAUAAAGGCUGCGGCACCUCUCUAAAUCAUGCUAUUUUGGCUGUUGGCUAUGGAAGUGAAAAUGGCUAAGAGUACUACAUUGUGAGAAACUCUUGGGGUCCAUAUUGGGGAGAGUCAGGAUAUAUCAGAAUGGCUGUUGUUGCUGGUCAAGGUAUUUGCGGUAUUCAAAUCAGACCCUCAUGGCCACAGACAAAGUCUGCUUAAGCUGAGGAAUGA